AUGUUGAAGACGUGUAUGUUACUCGGGUUGGCCUGUGUCCUGUUGCAAGUUGCGGCUGACGAUGAUUUUGGUCCUGGAGUUUGGAAGGUCCAAUUCAUAGAGAAAUGCGACCAACACCACCAUAAGUUUAUAUUCGACAUAAAACAGAAGAAAAUCAAUAGAACCCACGACGGAUUCUAUGGGGACCUUAAACUGGACGAGACUUUCGACGAUACUUUUGGGAUCCGUGUAGAUAUAUGCAAGCACGUAGACGGCGGCUGUAAGCAGUACCAGGUGUUAUCAGACGAUUGCUUCAUCAACUUCGUCAACAAAUACGCCGAGGAAAACGCUAAGGUCGCCUUAACGUUCGCUGGUGUCCAUCCUCCCGAGUUUCCAAUACAAUCGAAUGAUUACGAGAUAAAGGACUAUGUAUUCGACUACAGUGAGCUUCCAAGCGACAGUUGGUACGGCUACUUCUGUGCCAAGGCCUUCGUGCUGAAGGGAUCCGAAGAGGUCGGCUGCGUGGAGGUCCACGUUGAGUUUAUGAAAAUAGAAGAUGAAGAUGAAUAG